ACCCAGCGGCUGACUGCAGCCCAGACAAUAGAAAUAUUAUGGCUGGUUUUACCUGAGAGCUUCGCGGAGCCGCUUCUUUAAUCGUAAUAAAUGGUGUAACCGAACCGAACCGAACCCAUGCUGCGGAGCCAGUGAUCGGACCGGACCCGCUCAGCCGCUGAUGGAGCACAUCCGACUACCGAAGGUGGAGAAUGUCCGGCUGCUGGACAGAGUGUCCCCCAGAAGGAGCAGGGUGGGCACCCUCUACCUGACCGCCACCCACAACAUCUUCGUGGAGAACGAGGCGGGAGGCCGCAGUGAAACAUGGGUGCUUCACAGUUUGGUGUGCAGCGUGGACAAACAGGCUGCCAGCGCCUCGGGGUGUCCUCUGCUCAUCCGCUGCAAGAACUUCCAGAUUCUUCACUUCAGCAUUCCUAGAGAGCAGGACUGUCAGGACGUCCACCUGUCCUUGCAGCGGCUCUCCCAGCCCCAGCGUUACGAGGAACUGUACUGCUUCUCCUACAAGCCCAACAUCGAUGAGGAGGAGAGGCGGCAGGACUGGGCCUUCGUUGACCUCAAGGCCGACUUCAGCCGAAUGGGACUCCCAAAUGCCCAGUGGAAACUCUCCCCGGUCAACCAACACUAUAAGGUGAGCGACACUUACCCUGCCGAGCUGUUUGUGCCCGACUCCGCCGCGCCGCCGGUGCUGGUGGGCAGCUCCAAGUUCAGAAGCAGAGGCCGGUUCCCCACCCUGUCCUAUUACUCCAAAGAAAACCAUGCUGCCAUCUGCCGCAGCAGCCAGCCCCUGUCGGGUUUCAGCGCUCGCUGCCUGGAGGACGAGCAGAUGCUGGAGGCCAUCUUGAGGUCCAAUCCCCGCAGCGACUUCAUGUAUGUGGUGGACACCAGGCCCAAGUUGAACGCGAUCGCCAACAGGGCGGCAGGAAAAGGCUACGAGAACGAAGACAACUACUCCAACAUAAAGUUCCAGUUCAUGGGCAUCGAGAACAUCCACGUCAUGAGGAACAGCCAGCAGAAAAUGCUGGAAGUGUGUGAGCUUCGUUCUCCCUCCAUGUCCGACUUCCUGGAGGGCUUGGAGAGCUCAGGCUGGCUGAAGCACAUCAAAGCUGUUUUGGAUACCGGCGUCUUCAUCGCUAAGGCUGUUGCAGAAGGCAUCAGUGUCCUGGUCCACUGUUCAGACGGGUGGGAUCGCACCGCCCAGGUGUGUUCAGUGGCCUGUGUGCUGCUGGAUCCCUACUACAGGACCUUGAAAGGACUCAUGGUCCUCAUUGAAAAAGACUGGGUCUCAUUUGGACACAAGUUCACUCAAAGAUGCAACCACUUGGCUGGAGACCCCAAAGAGGUGUCUCCGAUCGUCGAUCAGUUCCUGGAGUGCGUGUGGCAGCUGAUGGAGCAGUUCCCCUGUGCCUUCGAAUACAACGAGAAUCUCCUGAUCACGGUUCACAACCACAUCUACUCCUGCCAGUUCGGGAACUUCAUCGGCAACAACCAGCGGGAGAGGAGAGAGCUCUGUGUUCAUGAAAAGACUCACUCUUUGUGGAGUUACCUUUGGACGAACCGCGCAGAGUUCAUCAACCCGCUGUACAGACAGAACCACAGCCAGUCUCAAGGACUCCUGCGACCAUCUACUGCCCCCUACUGCUUUAAAUUCUGGAGAGGGCUGUACAACCGGUUUGACCGCGGGAUGCACCCCCGACAGUCGGUGGAGGAUUAUUUGAGGGUCAUCCGAGAGGAGACGCAACAGCUGGAGGAGCAGCUGGAUUCCCAUAAGCAGAAAAUAGCCGAGUUGGAGCAGGAACAGGGGUGGAGCGAUGCCCACAGAGCUGCCGCGUUUGAUCAGAGCUCAACGGCGCGGGCUCUGGGGAAGAACCUCGCUCUGGCCAACACUCCUCAAGACUACACCGGCGGCCUCCUGGCCAGCACUCCCGGAGCGGCGGACGGCCCGCUGGUCCUCGCGCCGCAGGAUCCCGACCAGACGGCGGACCCCAACCUCUCCAACGGCAGCGACCCGGAGUCCGGGAUCGCAGACGUGAACUGCCGCUCCCCCCUCAGCGAGGACAGCGCCAGGGACCCGGACUCAGACGAGGCGGCCUACUCGACCGCCUGAGCAAAAACGUAGCAGACACCCCUGGGGUUUGAAAACGUCACUCCGACAAACGGCCGCGCGUCCAACUUUCGUUUUUAGUUUACAGUGAUUGUGGGCAACUCUUGGUUUCCUACAAUCCCGAACCUGUAGCUGACUCCCGUUUUUCAUAGUCUGCAGAAAAGGAAAGUACGUCGCUGAAUACUUUUAAGCUGUCUAAUCCGAUCUUCCACGAAGGCGUAAUAAUUAAGAUCAAUUUAUAGAGACUAAUGGAAGCCAUAUGAACGUCCAUGUCUGUUUGUAGAAUGCGAUCUUCCAGAAAGUUUUAGCUACAAACCGUGUAAAAGUCUUUCCCAUUUUGUCACAGUACAACUGCAAAUUUAAGUGCAUUUAAGUUUGGGCUUCAUUUGAUAAACCAAAGUGGAAGAUUUUUUUUUUUUUUUUUUUUUUUGGGGGGGUUACAGACUUGAAUAUUUGCCUGAACUUUUUUUUUUUUUUUUAAAGUAGCUCAAGUGUAGUCAGGUUGAAGGAACAGCGUCUGUGAACGAAAACGUCCCAAAACAGUCUUCCUA